UGGGGAGGCUAUUUUGCAGGUGGUCCCUCCUUGGACAGGCAGCAUCAGUCAAACGGACAUCAGUCAAACGGACCCAAGGCUUAAAUACGAGCAACAACAAGGAGAGCUCUGUACGUAGACGAGCCAUGCCGGGGGCGACGGCCGCAGGUUCUCCGUCCAAGUACAUCACUGCAGCCCUGGCUGACCUUUUCUCGUGCAUCGGGGGCGGAGACAUCGUGAGCGCCAAGGCCUUGCUGGAGGGGAAGCACAAGAACGACAAGGAGGUCUUACUCUCCGCUACCAAUCCCGCCGGCAUCACGCUGCUGCAGCAUGCGUGCCAUUCCGGACAAGCUGGUGGGGUGAAUAUGCUCCUCGAGAAGGGAGCCGACCCGAACUGGACUUCGACUAAGGGGUCGACUCCUCUCCACUUCGCCUGCAACAAUGGACACUUUGAUUGCGCCGAGGCGUUGCUGAGGGCGGGGGUGGAUGUGGAUGCAGGGAACGCUAACGGGACCACUCCACUCAUCAUCGCGGCCUUCGGGGCGCACGCCAGCUGUGUCAGGCUCCUCCUAGAGCACGAUGCGGACCCGAACGUGCGCGACAAGCUGGGGCGAAGAGCAGGCGACAGCCUAUGUGGGACUAUCAACGCUGUCAGCGGGAGGGUUGGGGUUGGGGUCGGGGGAAGAAGCGGUAGUUCGGCGGGAGGAGGUGGGGCUGCUACUUUGAGUAGCGGUGGCGCUACGCAGGGGAGUAAGACGGAAAACGAGCCCUUCUCGGAGACACGGUCGCUGUUAGCCGUGGCGAGGGCGCAGCGGUCGACGAGGAGAGGCCGGAGCGAUUGGACCGCCUCGUCAUCAACGACGUCCACCGCUUGUGUUGACAUCAAGCGGCGUGAUGCAGCUCGUGGCAGUGCUGUCGGCGGCAACGCUAUAUGUACUCAUGGAGGCACGGCGGGGGGGCUGUGUGCUAGCGCUGGUGCCGGGAGCGCGAGACAUGUCGAUCCAGGACCAGAUGGCUCGGAGAGGUCACCGACGCUCGCGACGGCGGCCGAGGGAGCGGGUAAGGAUGCGCGCUUGCCGUCAGCAAAGCUACCGCCUCCGUCAGGCCUCGUCGCCGGCAAACCGUCCGGGGAUAUCGUUGGACACAGCAGGUGCUUCAGCAGCACGGGCACCUCCACCAGCGUCAGCGGCGAUGGCAACGGCCACGGUAGCUCCGGCAGCGGCAGUGCUUGCAAUGGAGCGGCCCAACGGACGAUACCUUUGUCGCCAGCGAACACAACAGCGAAGGAUUCAGUGCCGUCAGUGUUGGCCGCAGCAGCAGCGGCAGCGUCGAGACCUACGCCGACGGUAGCGGGUGCUGCCUCCUUUUCGGGCGAAGCUACUCCUCCCACGCUAGCGAAUUCCCCAAGGACGACUCCGAUGCCGUCGCCAGCGCCGUCUCCGCUACGCGCGUCAAAACUAUCGUCGUCGUCGUCGGUGUUGUCGCCUCAGCUGCAGCAGUCCCAGCUGCCAUUACGCGGGUCAUCAACGCCGACGAUCCCGUCACCUUUGGCAGCGUCAGCAGCGACAGAUCCCGAGAGCAAGCGGUCUGCGGACCUGAAGGCGGCGCUGGCGGCUAACGCGGCCAUGAUCCGGUCCAUGCAGGAGGAGGAGAGGGCGUUCUCGGUCCAAAGCGACCUCCUCGAGAGGAGGAGGGGGGAGGCGGGGGCGAGGAGGAAAGGGGCGGAGGAACACGCGGCCCUCUUGCGAGCGCAAGCUGGAGAACUCGCCCGGAAGGAUGCUCCGGGCACUCCCAUCACACCGGUCACGGUAGGAGGAGGACCCAACACUCCUGCUUCAGUGCGAGGCGAUGCCGGUAGCGGACGGUCCCCGGAGCCGCCGCCGGCCCUCAUGCCACUAUCUCCGAUCUCUGUCGGCAACAACAACGCGUCAUCCGUCUUCGACACGCCUACAAGGGGCGCCGCAGCUGGUGAGGGUGAGGGUGGGGGAGGUCCAUCACCGUUCUCGGCCUUGUCGCCCUCGACGGUUUCGCCUGCUGCAUCGCCUGCUACGGCCGCGAUGGCCGUAGCAGACGGGAGCAGUGCCCCGGCCACUCCGACACGCAGGGGAAGUAGGACCAUGCCCCCGGUUCCCGCAUUCACGGAGUCCCCGACGGAGGAGCCGCAGCGGGGACAUGCUGCUGCUGCCCCUGCUGCUGCUGCCCCUGCUGCUGCAGCUGUUCAGGCGGAAGCGGCCGAUUACGGCGGGUCCCCCUCGGUUAUGGAGGACGAGGAAGAGGAGGGGGAACAAGGGGGGGCAAGCGAAGGAGAACAGGCGCGGAAGGCUCUUCCAGAAGCCCGUUCAGGAGCAGCAGCGCCCAGCGCCGCCAGCUCGAGCUCCGGCUACAGUCCCCGCUGCGUACCGCGGUACGGUCUGGCGGCGGCGGCGGCGGCGGCGGCGGUGGCGAUGUCGACUUGGGAGGGGACAUCCGUGACACCAGCGGUCUCUGCCGAACCCCUCAAUCGAACCCCAGUCUCUCCGCCGCCACAAGCAAGCAGCACCAGCAGCAGCACCACCGACAACACCAUCAUCACCAUCGCCAUCAGCAUCAGCAUCAGCGACACGCGGAGCCCGAGGAUACCCACGCUGGGAUGGUGGAAGUGGGCGGGGAUGGCGGCGGCGGCGGCGGCGGCGGCGGUGGGGUGCCGGGGUUCUCGGAGGCUGGCGGAGGUGUUCCAAUGGAAGGCCGAGAGCAUGGGUCAGGCAGCGACGCUAGCACGAGCACGGCGGAGGUGCUGGAGGCGCAGGUGGUCUCGUCGUGUCCAGGAGCUAGAGGCAGAGCUGAGGGCCACCCGGAGGGACAACCGUUCCAGGGACGGUCGUAGCCAGAGGACCCGCACCAACGCCAACAAGCGACAGAGGGCAGGGACGACGUCGCUCUUUCCGCAACGCCUGCAGCACACGGAUGCUGCUACCGACGGCACCCGUGGCAACCACCAUGAGCACCAGGAAGGACGAAACCAGUGCUUCUCGCCGAGAGGGGCGAUAAGGAUAACUAACGUGGCGACAUCGUCUCCCUCCUCGUCGUCGUCGCUCUCCGAUCCCAUGAGCCCUGGCCUGAGGAGCGAGGUUCGGAGGCUCAGAGCGGAGGCUGCCGCUAGGGGAAGAGAACACGCUUCUUUGGCCGCUCAGCACGCUUCCCUCGUGCUUGAGAAGGCCAGACAGGCUGGCGUCCUUCGGAACCGCGUGGCUAGCGCAGAUGGGGAGGUGGAACGGCUGUCGAGAGAGCUUCGAGAGGCACAGGAGAAGCUCGAGGCUCAAGCAAGGGAGGCUGAGGCUUUGCGGCGCCAGGCAGAAGGGCAGGAGGGUCUCCUGCAAAGUCGAUCUCAUGUUCUCGAGCAAGCCUUGGGCAGUCUCGAGAACAUCGGCGUUGCUCUCGCCGAGGAGCGCAGCCUUAACUCACUUAACUCAGCCAGAUCUCGCGACAACGGCCAAGGCAACGGCGACGAUGCGACUACGGCCGCCGGCGCAGCAAAUGGUGCACCGGUCGAUGCUGCCGUCAGCAGCAGCAGCAGCAACACCGGUGGUAGUGGCAGCGGUGGCAGUGCGGAGCAUGAGGGAAUGGCGUCCUCCGUCGAGCAGGACGAAGAAGCGCCGAGUAUGUCGGUAGACGAGCAUGAUGACACCGACGGCGGCAAUGCCAACAACGGCGACAACAGCGGUGGGAACGACAACUCAAACAGCAACGACGGCAUCGCCGGAAGCGGUAGCGAUGCCGCCAGUCUCGAAGGCGCCAGCGGCGACGCCCCAAAUGCCGUCGGCGGGGGGAGCGAUGCCGAUGGUCCGGCUAACGCUAACGGCGACCGAGAGGAGGAGCGUUACCAGGAAGACGGAGGGGCAGGGAGCGUGUCGAUGCGGGACGUUGGGGUGGAAGAGAACGAGGCGGCAGCCGGUGCUGCUGCGGGUGCCCCUGUUGCGUCAGUGACGGCGGCGGGGGCGGGUGAACGGCUGGAGGGCCGGCCGCAAGGUGGUCUUGAGAUGGCCAGGAUUUUCAGCCACCAGCAGAUCGACGCCGCGUGUGCUGGGUUCCCAGACAGCGCCAUCGUGGGCAGGGGGGGCUUCGGGCCUGUGUUUCGGGGCCGUUUCAUGGGGGAGGAUGUGGCCGUCAAGAGGCUAGACGGUUACGGUCUGCAGGGCCUCCCGAAUUUCCUCAAGGAAGUCCAGGUGCUGACCACCUGCCGGCACGAGCACCUGGUGCCCCUUCUCGGCAUCUGCGUGGACCCCACCCCGAUGCUGGUCUAUCCGUUCGUCGGCCAAAGCCUAGCGUGGCACCUCAGGGAGCCACAAAGACGGGCUGCCAUCGGAUGGCGCACGCGCUUGUCCGUGGCGUUGUCCGUCAGCAAAGGGCUCCAGUACCUUCACCAACCGCAGGCGGGGGCGUGGGGCAAGCCUGUCAUCGUCCACCGCGACGUGAAGUCCGAGAACAUCCUCAUGGAUUCUAACCUGCGGGCAAGGCUUUCGGACGUGGGUAUCGCGAGACAACUCGACGGAGCGGGCUCUGAGGCUAGCACCCGCCUCACUAGCCUCAUCGGCACUUGGGGAUACAUCGACCCCGAGUACCAGGAGACGGGCGUUCUCACUCCUGCUUCGGACGUGUACAGCCUCGGUGUUGUCUUCCUCGAGCUCCUCACGGGCCUUCCGGCGCAUUCCGCUCAGCUCAGGCCGUCAUGUCUAGUGGACCGGGUGAACGGUAAGCAGCUGUCAGAGUGCCUGGACUCGGCGUGCUCUUGGCCAGACACCCCUCCCGUGGUGUCCUUCGCGAAGGAGGCUUGGCAGUGCGUCAGCCGGCAAGGGGAUGGUCGCCCUCGCCUGCAGCACCUUAUCGAGCGCAUGGAGCGUCUCGACCUCGGAGACGAUGCAGGCGGCGGCGCGGGCACAGCGGCCGCAGGCAACGGUGACAGCAGCGGCGCCGGGCCCGCCGAAAGCGCACCGAAUGCCUCCGUAUUGGCGACACCGGCACCCAACCCUGCGUCAUCCACGGCGCUCCCUCCGGGGGUGGUGGCCGGACCCGCUUUGCCUGGGUCUUCCAUCGCAGCCUCCGCCGCUGCCGUCGCGGCAGCUUCGGCCGCCGCCACCGCAGCCAGGGCGGCUACCGAGGCGGCUGCGGCGGCGGCAGCGGCAGCGGUCGCGUCGGGAGCUUCGUCGCUGAUGCCGCCGCAGCCGCAGCCGCAGCCGCAACAGGCGGCGCCGCCGUCGCGGCCGUCCCCCGCGGUGGCGGACGCGGUGGCCGCGGUGACGUCGUCGCCGAUGGCCGCUCCGUCGCCUAGCCCGGAGGCUGGGCGGGACUGCAUGAUCUGCGCCUCCGCGCCGGUGCAAACGCGUUUCUUGCCUUGUCGGCACAGCCUUGCGUGUACCUCGUGCGCAUCGCUGCUUAGGGCACGCGGAGACCGCUGCCCGGUGGACCGAGCCAGAAUCAUCGGCUUCGAGACGGGGCAGUUUCAAGUCACGUACACGGGGGACUGAGCGUUCGGUGGGAUAUCGAAGGCCGACAAACGGGAACUGCUUGGAGAACUGGAAGCUACAGCGGCUACGUUGUGGCUGAGGUCGGAGUUCUCCACCGGGUGCCGCUCACAACCGUAGUUAGUUGCGUGAGUUUUUAAGCUCUGUGACGAAACUGGCUCGGGCGAGCGUCGCGGUAUUUUUCUGUUUCGGAGAUCGGUUUGACCGGUUUUGGUGACAGCUUGGUCGUCAGCUAUGUGCCGAGUGAUGCGAUUUCUCGGCUCUCCAUGGAAGCGCAGUUGUUCACGUUGUUUCAUUUGUUCCUUAGACAUGGUUAUCAAGGUGAAAGAGGGACUGCCUAUCUGGUGGUCCAAGGGUAGAGAGUCGUCCGGUCCGUCUCGCAAUGAACCCCCUCAAGGCACGUCGAGGAUCUUGUUGUUGAAGGGAUUUCGUGGCAUGGCUAGACUUAGGGGCUAUGCGUAUGAUUUGGGACGACGUGGCGAUGAUCUCCGCGGAUAACUUUUGCUGCUUCGCGUGCCGGCUGACUUGGACGAGCUAGUAGAGCGAAGUGAGCGGUUCUUCAUUGAUUCAAAAUAGUCGUGUGUUGAAACACCAAGUAUUUUCAGUACCACGGGAGUGCGAGUGCGAGCGAGAACUGCUUAUGGAUGCUGUUGCCAGUUUUUUGGUGCUGUGCCGUGUUGUCUAUUUUCUCAUACCAGCAGGUCGGUUGGAAAUGUUUUGCUCCACUGUUUGUUUUGUUCGAUGUCCUACGUCACGGCUCAGGCACUCCUGUUACUCCUGUUACUCCUGUUCGGCCGUGACUCUAAUUCGCCAACAAUUGCUUCAGUUCUU